UACAAAAUCAGAAGAACGUUGGAGUUUCCGCCAUCUCUCACUCCUUAUACAACUAUCGAUUCAAACCAAACCAACCAAUAAAUCAAACUCAAAAGCUCUCCUCGUUGUUGUCGUCCAUUACACCCUUUAACGCUUCUUCUCCAUCUCCUUCACCUGACCACCACCACAUCUCAUUGCCUUCAUUCCAGCUCUUCCUCUCUAUUCGUUUACAUUUUGCUCAACAAUGGUGGCCGUAACUCUCUCCAACUCUCUUCUCCUCCAUACUCCCACUACUUCUCCGACAUCCCUGGUCUCGCCUCGCCUAAGCGCUCUCUCUUCCUCUCGACUAUCUCUGCCCAAUUCCGGAUCUCAAUCUGUGUUCACCCAUUUGAAGAAUAAGACCAAGAAAGAGAGUUCUUCCAGUCAUUUCAGUGUGUAUUGUUCGUCUUCCGAGGCUGCAAAACAAUCGAGUGAAGAAACUCCUAUUGAAUUGAGAUAUGAGGCAUUUCCCACAGUUAUGGACAUAAAUCAGAUUCGUGAAAUUUUGCCUCACAGGUUUCCAUUUCUUUUAGUUGAUAGAGUGAUCGAAUACAAUCCUGGAGUUUCAGCUGUUGCAAUCAAGAAUGUAACCAUAAACGACAACUUUUUUCCCGGGCAUUUUCCUGAGAGGCCUAUAAUGCCUGGUGUUCUCAUGGUUGAGGCAAUGGCCCAGGUUGGUGGUUUGGUGAUGCUGCAACCAGAAGUGGGAGGUUCUCGGGAGAACUUCUUUUUCGCUGGAAUCGACAAAGUCAGAUUCCGGAAGCCCGUGAUUGCAGGCGACACAUUAGUUAUGAGAAUGACACUCACAAAGCUGCAGAAACGCUUUGGAAUAGCAAAAAUGGAGGGGAAGGCAUAUGUUGGAGGUGAGGUUGUAUGUGAAGGUGAGUUUUUGAUGGCCAUGGGGUAGUGAAUUACUUCAAACUUUUGUUGUCAAUUCAUUUCUGUUACUACUUGAUAUCCAUUUUCUUUUUCCAGCAAAUGUCAACCCUCUAGUGAUCUUUCAAGCUUGUUUACCAUAUAAUUUGAGUGUUAGUAAGAGUAUUAAUAAGAACGGUAUUCUUUUAAGGAUUUUGUUCAAUGAAAAGUUACUUAAUGUUAUUUAAUGUAAUUGAGGAUUUUAGAGAA